AUGUGGAAUCAUAGAGAAGGUAGUCUCAAUUUCACAUCAGAUCAAUUCUAUAAGAAUUUUCUUUCCACACAAGAAGAUAUUCUUGCAAAUACUACUAUCAAUUCCACCACUGGUUAUUCACCUCUUUAUCAAACUGCAAGAAUCUUCAAUUCACCUUCAGAGUAUAGUUUUCCUGUUAACAAAAAGGGUAGGGUUUGGAUUAGGCUUCAUUUCUUUCCGAUUUCGUAUCGAAAUUAUAAUCUUAGUGCUGCCAAUUUUGCUGUUACAACCCAAAAUAAUGUGCUGCUUAGUAACUUUAGUGUGUCUGGGAAAAAUGGUGUUAUGAAGGAGUACUUAGUGAAUGUGACCUUAGACGAAGUUGUUGUAACGUUUACCCCGUCGAUGAAUUCGACUGCUUUUGUGAAUGCGAUUGAAGUUGUUUCUGUGCCUGAUGACCUGAUUCCCGAUGAUGCUACCGCGUUGAGUCUGCGGAGAAGUUAUACGGGGCUGUUGACACAGGCACUCGAGACGGUUUUCAGGAUUAACAUGGGUGGUCCAAGUGUUUCUUUUGGGGUUGAUCCGCUUCGUCGAACUUGGGUUCCUGAUGUAAGCUUUCUUAUACUACCUAACCUUGCUAGAAACUUUUCGAGUAUAGGUGCUGUUAAGUAUGUGAAAGGGGGACCAACAGAAAAUAUUGCUCCGGGUAGUGUCUAUGGUACUUUAACCGAGAUGAACUCGGAUAGUGAUCCGCGUAGCAAUUUCAAUGUGACAUGGAAGUUUGAUGUGGAGCCGGGAUUUCAAUACCUUGUUCGACUUCACUUUUGUGAUAUUGUGAGUAAGGGUCUUAAUGAACUUUAUUUCAAUGUUUAUAUUGAUUCGUUGUUAGCUGCAAAGGAUCUUGAUCUCACUGCUAAGACUAAUAAUGUUUUGGCUACUCCUUAUUUUAUGGAUUUCGUUACAACACCGUCGGUCGAUAAUAAAAUUCUUGUAAGUAUUGGCCCUUCUGAUGCAAAUAGUGAUUACCCUAAUGCCAUUUUGAAUGGACUUGAGAUCAUGAAAAUGAACAACUCUAAGAGCAGUCUCAGUGCAUCUACAGCAGUGAUUUUGACUAGUAAUCAUGGUUCAAGUUCUAAGAAAGUUGGCGCGAUAGUUGGUGUGUGUCUUGGGAUAGUUUGCGCGGUGGUUGGAGUUUUCUUUGUAGUUUGCAUGAGAAGAAGACGGUUGGUACAACAAGGGCAUUCAAAGACAUGGGUUCCUUUAUCGAUCAAAGAUGGAACUUCUCACACAAUGGGAAGUAAAUAUUCAAACGCCACAACAGGAAGUGCUGCUUCGAAUUUCGAGUAUCGCUUCCCAUUUGUGGCAGUUCAAGAGGCCACAAACAAUUUUGAUGAGAGUUGGGUUAUUGGCGUAGGUGGUUUUGGUAAGGUUUACAAAGGUGAAUUAAAUGAUGGAACUAAAGUUGCUUGUAAGAGGGGCAACCCUCGGUCGCAUCAGGGACUUGCAGAAUUCCGAACCGAAAUAGAAAUGUUGUCUCAGUUCCGUCAUCGCCAUCUGGUAUCAUUGAUCGGAUAUUGUGAUGAAAGGAAUGAAAUGAUCUUGAUAUAUGAGUACAUGGAGAACGGAACUGUCAAGAGUCAUCUAUAUGGCUCGGGUCUUCCUAGCUUAAGUUGGAAAGAGAGGCUCGAGAUAUGCAUCGGAGCAGCUAGGGGACUUCAUUACCUUCAUACCGGCUAUGCUAAAGCGGUUAUUCACCGUGAUGUAAAAUCUGCAAAUAUCCUUCUUGAUGAGAACCUCAUGGCAAAAGUUGCCGAUUUCGGGCUAUCAAAGAUCGGACCAGAAAUUGAUCAGACGCACGUGAGCACAGCCGUGAAAGGAAGUUUUGGCUACCUUGACCCGGAGUAUUUCAGAAGGCAGCAGUUAACAGAGAAAUCUGACGUGUAUUCAUUCGGGGUAGUUUUGGUCGAGGUUUUAUGUGCAAGACCUGUUAUAGAUCCAUCUCUUCCUAGAGAAAUGGUGAAUUUGGCCGAAUGGUCGAUGAAAUGGCAGAAAAGAGGAGAACUUGUGCGAAUUGUGGAUCCAACUCUUGAAGGGAAAAUGAGACCGGAUUCUCUAAGAAAAUUUGGAGAAACUGCUGAAAAAUGUUUGGCUGAUUUUGGUGUUGAUAGGCCUUCUAUGGGAGAUGUAUUGUGGAAUCUGGAGUAUGCUCUUCAACUUCAAGAGGCUGUUGUUCAAGGCGAUCCUGAAGAAAACAGCACUAAUAUGAUCGGUGAACUCUCUCUGCAAAUCAAUAAUUUUGACCAUGAAGAAAGUGUUUCGGUUGCGAAAUUUGAAGCUUCGAGUCUUGAUGAUCUUUCUGGUGUUUCUAUGAGUAAAGUAUUCUCACAGUUGGUGAAGUCUGAGGGACGGUGA